AUGCCCCAACAGCUGGUAUCGGCCGAGGAGUUCUUGACGAAACUCGAAGGAUGUUUCUCCGAUCCCUCUUCCUCAAGUUCAAUCUGGUUAACUCACAAACGACUGACUCACUCGACUGAUGGAGAUAUACAGAUGGGGGAGGAGAUCGAAGAUGGUGAUGGACCAGAGUACGAGGUAUUGAUAAGAUGUACACAGGGGGAUAACAAGUUUUCCGCCAAGAUCCCUGCAUCUUCCCUUUCCACUUUCCACUCCACCUACGGAGCCUUACUGAAAUCCUCCUUCGCUCCAUUAAUGCGUAAACGGGAUAAGAAGAAGGAAAAGUUACGUGCCGAGUCGUUAGCGAAGAAACGAAGAGAAGUAUAUGUCGAUGUGGUAGUCGGUGAAGGGGAGACAAAGAGUGAGUGGAGUUUGAGUCUGCAACGAAAGAUCAAAGCUCAAAAGAAGAAGGAGUCAGAACGGGAGAGGAUAGAGACUCAGAAGACAAGUGGAGAGGCAUAG